AUGGACCGCCAAGAUUUCGAACCUGGCGACCACAUCAUCAGACGACGUUUUGGUUAUGACCAUCAUGCAAUAUUCGAUGGCUGGGCCAAUGCUACGGAAGCCUACGUGAUCCAUCAUCCUGUAGGGAGGCGAACGAACCCGUUGCGUGGUCAAAUACGGCAUGAGCUCCGAGACGUUUCCGAAUAUGCUUUGGUAAAGCGGACCAAGUUCUGGAAAGAGCACAUUCGCGAGUGGGGGAAGCUGGCUACAAUGUGGUCUCUACAGGUUCGAGGUGCCUUGCUAGGCGCACCACAAGGGGCAUGUGCUGGAGCCAUGAUGGGAGCAGCUUUGGUCCCAGCCGCCACUUUCUGGGGAAGUCCGACAUUAGGAAAGUACGCCGUGGCGUUGGGUGUCAUGGCUGCUCCCGUGAAAUGGCCCGCGAUGGUUGAUGCCUCGGAUGUUCUGUGUGACAAGCUGCUGCUGCUGCUGCUGCUGCUGCUGCGGCUGCGGCUGCCUGGAACGUUUUUGUUCCGCUCUUCUUGGCCGGAUUACACAAGAUGCUGGUCUAUGAUAGUAGGUGGAACGUCGCCCAAGCAAGCCAACAAGAAAAUGCUGCUGGGCAUUGAAACGCAACACACAGAGGCGUGGAGAUGA